AUGCCUUUGCAAGCCCUGCCGGCCCAGUUGCCGCCCCAGCUUGCCCCCGUCGACUCUUUGCCAGCAGAGCUGGCUCAGCUGUACCAGCACCAGCUCAACCAGGGCCUCUUGCAGCAGCAGCAGCAGCAGCAGCAGCAGCAGCAGCAGCAGCAGAACAAGAGGCCACGGACACGAAUCACCGACGAGCAGCUCCGGGUCUUGAGGCAGUAUUUUGACAUCAACAAUUCCCCCAGUGAGGAGCAGAUCAAGGAGAUGGCCGAGAAAUCUGGUCUGCCGCAGAAGGUGAUCAAACACUGGUUCCGAAAUACGCUUUUCAAGGAGCGCCAGCGCAACAAGGACUCGCCGUACAACUUCAGCAACCCUCCCAUCACCAGCCUGGAAGACCUGAAAGUGGACUCCCGGCCGUCUUCUCCGGAGCCUCAGAAGCACGAGUACUGGGGGAGCAAGAGGUCCUCCCGAACCCGCUUCACAGACUACCAGCUUCGGGUGCUGCAGGACUUCUUUGACGCCAACGCUUACCCGAAGGAUGACGAGUUUGAGCAGCUUUCCAACCUGCUGAACCUCCCAACUCGGGUGAUCGUGGUGUGGUUCCAGAACGCUCGCCAGAAAGCCAGGAAGAACUACGAGAAUCAGGGGGAAGGCAAAGAAGGGGAGCGACGGGAGCUGACCAACGACCGAUACAUCCGGACGAGCAACCUGAACUACCAGUGCAAGAAGUGCAGCUUAGUCUUCCAGCGCAUCUUCGACCUGAUCAAACAUCAGAAGAAGCUCUGCUACAAGGACGAAGACGAAGACGGGCAGGAGGACAGUCAGAACGAAGACUCCAUGGACGCUACGGAGCUCCUGACGCCCAGCAGCUCCUCCUGCAGCACCCCGAUGCCUUCCCAGGCUUACGGCACGCCCACCUCCUCCGCCAGCGCGGCCUUUCCGUCACAGAGUACCACCGAGGCGGAUAGCGACUGCCCUGCUGCCUGCCAGCCUAAAGCAAACGCUGCCGAUGAGAAACCAAAGCACCCGGAGCCUUCAAGCGCCGCGCAACAAAGCCCGGCUUCAGACAAGCAGCGGCAACCAAAGCGAGAUGGGCAGGUCCCGGCGCAGGACCAAGAAGAGCUGAAGCUGAGCUCGGUGCACCCAAAGGCCUCCCCGCCCCUCCAGCAGCAGCCGGCCCACCCUCUGCAGGGGGGCCCGCCCCAGGCAAGCCCUCCCCCCGCCCAGCUGUCUCACCUGCCUCACAAGCCCCUGGCCACGCCCAUUGCGCAGCAGCUGGCCAGCCUGCCCCCUCAGCUUGUUCCGUAUCAGUGUAAGCAGUGCAAGCUGGCCUUCCCUUCCUUUGAGCACUGGCAAGAACACCAGCAGCUGCAUUUCCUGAGCACUCAGGGCCAGUUUCUCCACCCUCAGUUCGACCUGCCCUUCAUGCUCUUCGACCCCAGUAACCCACUGCUGGCUAGCCAGCUGCUCUCUGGGACCCUUUCCCAGCUGCCCAUGAGCUCGGCCACCUCGCCCUCCACCCCAACCGCCACCAUGAGCAGCCUGAAGAGGAAGCUGGAGGAGAAAGCCAGGGUCAGCCCGGUCGGGAACGAUGGCGGCGCUGGGGGAGAGGAGCCCCAGCGGGAUAAGCGCCUCCGGACCACCAUCACCCCUGAGCAGCUGGAAGUGCUGUACCAGAAAUACCUCCUGGACUCCAACCCCACACGCAAGAUGCUCGACCACAUCGCCCACGAAGUGGGCUUGAAGAAGCGGGUGGUGCAGGUGUGGUUCCAGAACACCCGCGCCCGGGAGAGGAAAGGGCAGUUCCGAGCAGUGGGGCCUGCUCAAGCCCACCGGCGGUGCCCUUUCUGCCGGGCCCUCUUCAAAGCCAAGACCGCCCUGGAAGCCCAUAUCCGAUCUCGGCACUGGCAUGAAGCCAAGCGGGCGGGAUACAACUUGGCCUUGUCAGCCAUGCUUCUGGACUGUGAAGGAGGAGGAGGAGGAGUGGGGGGCCUCCUGGGGAAAGGAGACCUCUUUGACGGGGCCAACUUUGCACAGCUGUCUGCCCCCGGCAGUAGCAGUGACAGCCAGGGAAUCCCCCUCUCCCCAGGCAGCAAGUCUCUAGAGCUCUCUCCGCAGACCCUGCUGAGCCCGUCCUCCAUCAAGGUGGAAGGCGUGGAAGACUUGGAGAGUCCCUCGGUGUCCUCGGUCCACCUGAGCUUUGACCAAGCCAAGCUGGACAACGACGACUGCUCUUCCGUCAACACAGCCCUCACAGACACGACGACGGGGGACGAGACCAAUGCAGACAACGACAGCGCUACAGGGGUCUUCACAGAAGCCAGGGGGAGCUUGGGGCCAAGCGAGGGUCUGACCAAGGCGGCCAUGUUAGCCAUGUCAGAGUACGAAGACAGACUCUCCUCGGGCCUGGUGAGCCCAGCUCCCAGCUUCCACAGCAAGGAGUACGACAACGAAGGCACCGUGGAUUACAGCGAGACCUCAAGCCUGGCAGACCCCUGCUCUCCUAGCCCGGGCACCAGCGGCUCGGCAGGCAAAUCCGGGGACGGCGGGGAUCGGCCAGGACAGAAGCGCUUCCGGACCCAGAUGACCAACCUCCAGCUGAAAGUCCUGAAGGCCUGCUUCAGCGACUACAGGACCCCCACCAUGCUGGAGUGUGAGGUUCUGGGCAAUGACAUUGGGCUCCCCAAGAGAGUUAUCCAGGUCUGGUUCCAGAACGCCCGAGCCAAAGAAAAGAAAGCCAAGCUCAACAUGGCCAAGCAUUUUGGCAUUAAUCAAAGUGGCUACGAGGGGCCAAAAACCGAGUGCACCUUGUGUGGCAUCAAGUACGGUGCCCGCCUAUCUGUCCGGGACCACAUCUUCUCUGAGCAGCACAUCUCCAAAGUGAAAGAGACGGUUGGGAGUCAGCUGGACAAAGAGAAGGAGUAUUUUGACCCGGCCACUGUCCGCCAGCUGAUGGCGCAGCAAGAGCUGGACCGACUCAAGAAGGCCAAUGAAGCCCUUGGCCUGGCGGCUCAGCAACAAGGCAUGUUUGACAGUCCCCCCUUGCAGGCUUUGAACAUUCCUGCCAGCUACCCAGCGGCCCUUCAGAGCAUCCCUCCGGUCCUGUUACCAGGUUUGAACAGCCCAUCCCUGCCUGGCUUCACUCCUUCCAAUACAGCUUUAACGUCUCCCAAACCCGCCCUGAUGGGUCUGCCAGGCACAAGCGUUCCCUCGCCCGGGCUUCCCACCUCGGGAUCCCCAAAUAAGACGGCCCCCCUCAGUUCCCCCCCGCCAGCACAAACCUCCGUGGGCUCCACAACCCCCCUCCCACUGCGGAAGGACAAGGAGAGCGAGAAGGCGAAGGAGAAGGAGCGCCCCUCCAAGACCCGGGGGGAGGCCCUGUCGGGGCCCAAGAAGGACAAAGGGGAGGCGCCCAACCCUGGCCCGGCUUUCCCCGCCAUGGGGCCUGCGCUGGAGUACUCGGCAGAGCCUACCCAGCUGCAGGCCCUGCAGGCGGCUCUCAACACGGAGUCCCUGGCCUUGCUGACCAAUCCCUUCCUCCCGUGUUUUGUGCCCGGCUUCUCUCCGUACUACGCCCCUCAGCUCCCGGGGGCCUUGCAGAGUGGAUACCUCCAGCCCAUGUACAGCAUGGAAGGGGUCUUCCCCUACGGCCCGGCCCUGUCGCAGGCCCUGCUUGGCGUUUCCCCGGGCUCCCUGCUGCAGCACUACCAGCAAUAUCAACAGAGCCUCCAGGAGGCGCUGCAACGGCAAGUGCAGCUGCCCUUGCCCAAAGGCAGCCAGCCCCCCGUCCCCACGGAGGGCCUCUCCCCUGAAAAAGGCCCUGCCAAAGAAUCCCCCAGGCCAGAAGAGAAGAGCAGCUCCCGCCAGGGAUCCCCCCGAAGAGAGCUCGCCACCGCAGGAAGCAGCAGCAGCAGCAGCAGCGCCCCGGACUCCCUCUGGGACCCCUUCAUUGUCCCUCCGGUGCAGUACAGACUGGUGUGCCGGAAAUGCCAGGCCGGAUUCGGGAGCCAAGAGGCGGCCGACGUCCACCUGAAAUCCCUCUGCUGCUUUGGCCAGUCGAUGGGGACUCUGCCCGAGAUGGCGCUUCAGGUGCUCGCUGGCGGGGGCGGCUCCUACCAGUGCGUGGCGUGUGAGAGCACGGUGUGUGGGGAAGAGGCCCUCCAGCAGCAUCUGGAGUCUGCCCCCCACAGACAGCACCAGACAGUCCCCCGAGCAGCAGCCAGAAACGCCAAAGAGCCCCCCAGUCAAUUACCUCACUCUGCCUGCCUCCCUGACCCGAGCACCGCAUCUACCUCGCAGCCCACCGCUCACCCCAAGAACGGCCCCCUGCCUGCCGCUGCCCCCCACUCCUCCAAAAAGCCCUGGCCUCCGGCAGCCUCCCCUCCAGGGAAGCCCCCGCCUCUCUCCUCAUCUUCAACGGUUACCUCAAGCUCAUGCAGCACCUCAGGGGUUCAGCCCUCUCUGAUGCCAAGGAAAUUCUCUUCGGAGGAGUCUGACUCGGGCCGCGGGCCGGAGGCCGGGGCCCCGCUAGAGCCCAGCUCCCCUCGGGACGGCGGCCUCCCCAGCGUGGACCCUUUCCGAUUGUAAGCUUUGAAGACAGACUCUUGCAAAAUGAAUCUAGAAAUAACAAACCGGUUUCAGAAAUAGACUAACUGCAAUCCCAAAGCUUCUAACCAAAAAAGAAAAACGAACCGAGGGAGAAAACGCCUGGGUGGUUUUCCCAGAGGCCGAUGCUGGCAGCUCGGCUUGCUUCUGGGCGGCCGAAAGGUUUGCUGCGGCUCUCUCAAAGGUGGCUGUCACCCCCCCCCAAAGGAAUCAGCCCCCCCACCCGCACAGCCCCCUUGAGAGCGCAGUGGAGGCCAGCAUAACUGUGUGGGAAAGCAGAUCGCCCGGGACCAUUUUAAACUUCUUGCUAUCUUAGCCUUCAGAUACCAAUGGCUUGCUUGCUAAAAGGAAAAAAGAAAUGUAACGUUUUUAUUCUCAGGUCAAUUGCUCACACUUUGUUCGGUUUUCAGAAUCAUUGUUUUAUAUAAAUAUAUAUAUAUAAUUUCUUUUCUUUUUUUGGUUUUGAUUUUUUCCAAGGAAAGGAUUUUUUGUUGUUAAUUUAAAAAUGGGCAGAAAGUAUUCAAGAGAAACAAUGUGAACUACAGUAAGUUAGCUUUCUGGGGAUUUUAGGGGCAUCUUUUCUGCUGAAGCCAAUUUCAAGGGGGACCAUUCAGCCCCCCUCCCCCUUUUCAGAAAAGAAAACACGCAGAGCGUUAAGGACUUGGAGUUCUAAACAACUGACUUUCUGUAUUUAUGAUAGAUAUGACCAUUUUUGGUGUUGAGUAGAUUGUUCCAUUGGAAAUGAACUGAAGCAGUAUGGUAGAUUUAAAGACACCCCCCACCCUUUUGUGUAUGUUUAGCUUUUGUAGAUGGUCCGGCUGGCGGCUUCUCAUUCGAUGUUGUCUUGUCCAUUCCUGUCCUGACCGGAUGGAGCCCAGUCUGACUCGCCGCAGCUUUUGCGUCCAUCCCUCCGUUCCCCAGGCCAUCCUGUCCUAAGCUUCCACUUAUCAGUCGCUGCCUUCGUUCCUCAGAGGGCGGCUGCAAAGUUAUUUUAUAAAGGAAAAAAGGGGAAUCCCUUCUGAAAUAUUUUUCUUGGGAGCUCAAAAGUUUCUAAGGUGUAUCCCUGUCGAUUGUGCACUUAACUCUCUCCCUCUCCUUUCGGCUUCCUUCCCUCCCUGUGUAAAGGCUCCAUUUUGGAAAUGUCGGCCUUCCUUUCUCUUUCUGCCCUUGGGGCCCCCACGUUCCUUUUGAAGGACUUUCCGAGAUGGGGCGAGUGGGCGGGCCUUUUGUUUCUUUCCUCCAGAAGAAGUUUAUGCUUUAAAUGAAACCCAAAGACAAACCCUUUCGGCCGCUGGUGCAGAAGGAGCAAAAGAGGCGUCUUUCGAGGAUUCGUUUCUCUUUUGGCCACAAGGCUCCCUUGGGCGCCCAUGAAUGAAGGAGCCUCGGUGCUUCUCCCGCCCUGAGCCUCGACAGACACUUGGGGGGUUCUGACGGCGUGCCGUGCUCAGAAACGAGGAGGGCGAGCCUGGAGAGCCAUAGCCCAGAUGUCCUUCUAUGGCCGUCUCCUGCAAAGGGAAAGGGAUUCGGCUGCCAGGCUGAGUUUGCGGCCAGGUGUUUUGAGCCCAGUGCCACCAUCCCUGCGUGCCAUACCCCGCCCCCCACCCCCAAGUGCUCUGCCAAUAGAGCCUGCACCCCUUUCACUUCCCAGCUCCAGACCCUCCCCCUGACUGACGGAAGGGGGCUCUGGGAAAGGCAGCCUCCCCACUGCUGCCCCUCUCUUAGCUGCUGAUCACUUGAUGGGGGAUCCACCACCCUUCCCUGACCGGAAACCCCUUGCCCUGAGUUGCCCUGGGCCCCAGUGGCCGCCGGGACUGCCCCGAACAGCCCCCUCUUUAGAUCCAAAGUGGUGCGGGUGGGUUCUCAUGGUUUGAGAGAGUGUGUUGCUGUUGAACAUGACUUAGUAUCCUGAGACUAUUCAUUUUAUCUUUGGUUCUUUAUGUGGUAUAUACCUUGUUAGUUUAACACUAGCCUUUCCUGGCCAGUUUUGUGGUCUGCUUGCGUUGACCUCUUUGGCCCCCUUUCUAUCUUCUGCCCUGGUUCCCUCCCUCUGCCCUCUUCUCCCGUUCUGCCUUUCCUCCAUCUGCCUGGGGCAUCCCCACGUCCUUCCCAGUCUUCUGCCUGCAGGCCUCCACACUCAGCAGAGCUGACGCUGCAGAGCUGCCGGGGAGGACAUUGGCAGCAGGGUCCUCCCUGGUAGGGCAGUGGCAAGCAUCGAGCAGGCUCCUGCCUUGAGCCAAGCUAAGGCCCAACCGAGAUUGCACCUCACCCUCUGGGGCCCUCUGGGGAGGAGCAAGCAGCUAUGGCGAUCCCGGCCUCCGAAGAGGGCUGUGCCAGCGCUUGAGGCCGGGGGUCUUUCCGCCUCUGAGCCCUUCUGUUUGACGGGAGGAACCAGGGGGAGGCCAGGAAUAGUCCUGCCCAAGAAUGUUAGCAAUGCAGACGGACGUGGCUGGCUCCAAGGUGGUGCCCAGCUGGGCCUGGCCCUUAGGCCUUGGGCACACGAGGAAGUGGAAUCCUUUCUGGUUGGUCGGCUGUCUAGACGGGUGGAUGGCUCUGAAAAUCCUGCCCACUGUGAAACACAUAACUUUUUACUAUUUUUUCAUUCCUUUGGUUGGGGGGAGGGGGACAAGACUGGAUAAAACAGAAAGUAUAAAUGAGGUGAAGUCUCUAAACAGCCUUUGCAAUGUACAAAAACUAGAGCAAGUGAAACCAAAAAUGACGUUCUUGGUGUUUUUCUAUAAUGUCGUCUUGUUAGCUUUUUUGUUACUGUAAUAAUGCUGAUCUCAAAUUGUACCAAAAUACAUAGAGAUGGACAAAAGCAGAACCACACAGAACUCUAAAAAAGAAACCAAACAAAUUUUGUCACAAAACACUUUGUUGUCAUAGUUAAGUUGAUUGUAGAUGGUAUUGAAUAUACUCCUUUGAAAAUAUUUCAUCAAGUAUGUUUCCUGCUCAUUGUGGUACAUUAAAAAAAAAUGAGCCAAAGCUCUUCUUGUC